UGCUGUCGGUUUCGGUUUCGUAAUCAAAACACGCUUAUCGCGCAUUGGAUUCGCUUUUCCGACAGUGAAAGGAAUUGGGAAUACCGUCAGUUUUAUUUUAUAAAAUAAGUACACGAUGAACGCCAUCACUAAAGCAGCUGGCUUUCGACAUUUGCUGGUAAACGGAAUCCGUGCGAUCGCCACCAGCGUGCCACGUUUGGACAUUUUCCACAUCCAGAGUCCACAGGAAUUCGACGAGAAAGUGAAAAACAGCAAGGAACCAAUCAUUGUAGAUUUUUUUGCAACAUGGUGUGGACCUUGCAGAAUGUUAACGCCACGAAUUGAGUCCGUCAUCGGUGAGCAGAAGGGCAAGGUGAAACUUGCCAAGGUGGACAUCGAUGAGCACAGUGACCUGGCCCUGGACUAUGAGGUAGCAUCCGUUCCGGUUCUGCUGGCGAUUCGCAAUGGAAAAGUGGAACAACGUCUGGUUGGACUACAGGACACGGACAAGCUGCGAAACUGGGUUGAAAAAGUUGUCAACGAGAAGAAGUAAUCCUAACUCAAUCGCAGCACGAUCGAUCAAUCUUAGAAAACCCUGAUUUGUGAGUAACAUUAACAACCCUUUACCGGCCGACGAUGAUCCCCAGUGAUAGUGAGAUCAAAAUGGUGAAUAGAAAAUUUGUGUCUGUUCUUGUUGAACAAUAAAUAACAAAGCUUUGUAAGUGUAAUCAUCACGUACUGUAUGAUUUUGCAAAUUAAUCACAGUAAAAAUUGUGAAAAU